UCGGCGUCGUCAUAUUGUCCUUCAUUUUUUAAAGAGAAUGGUGGCGUUACGAGUUGAUCAACUGAAGCAGUUGAAGGGCAUUUUCGCGAGGUUCGACAUGGAUUCCGACGGAAGCCUCACGGUACUCGAGCUGGCGGCGCUGCUGCGGUCUCUGGGGCUGAAACCGUCGGGUGAUCAGAUCCAUGUCCUGUUAGCCAACAUGGAUUCCAACGGCAACGGUGAGGCGGAAUUCGACGAGCUGGUGAACGCUAUAUUGCCCACGUUGAAAGGAGAGAUACUGGUGAACCAAGAAGAGCUCAUGGAGGUGUUCCGGCUGUUCGACCGCGACGGUAAUGGGAUCAUCGUGCCGACGGAGCUCGCCGGUUGCAUGGCAAAAAUGGGUCAUCCGUUGACGUAUAAGGAGCUGACGGAGAUGAUGAGAGAGGCGGAUUCCGAUGGGGAUGGUGUUAUUAGUUUCAGUGAAUUCUCUUCUGUAAUGGCGAAGUUGGCCAUGGAUUUUCUAGGCGUUUCUUUAUCGAGAUAGUAAACGAGAAUAUUUAUGUUAGGUUAUUUGUGAGUUUUUGCCCCUU